AUCCGUCUGAUGACAAAUGCAUGCUAUUUAUUCAUCUAUUCACACAACAUUACCUGGAUUUCACUUCAAUUUCACCUUGAAGUUAUUUCCUUCAAAUAAUUGCUUUCCACUACAUCUUAAAGAGAGCCGGGUUUUGUGCUGAGUUAAACGAUGGUCUACAAAUCAUACCAUCGAGAGCCGACGCCGGAUCAAAUCGCACAUAUUUCUGCGCUUAUUAAAGACUGGUCAAUUGCACAUGGGCUGGCUGUGAGGCCUCCGCCGGCUCUUGUUGCAUCGGAGUCAGACCCUCAUGGCAUUUUGGCAACAACUGCGCCAGUCACAUUACUGCCCAGUCCAUUUCCACAAGUCUGCUUUGAGCAGGCUAGCUCUGUUCAGACCGCAUAUAAUGGGCUUUAUGCUUCGAUUUCUCGGGAUGAGGGGUUUUUAGCCAGUAUUGUAGAAGAGAUUUUAGAGGUGGACGAAUUCAUUGCUGAACUUUGGAAAGUCCAUCUCAAGGUGAAGGAAGAAGGAUAUACCCAGAAACUUUCACUGGGGUUAUUUCGCUCCGAUUAUAUGGUACAUCAGGAUCUUGAAAGCUCAAAUUCGACGCUGCAUAUCAAACAAGUCGAGUUUAACACCAUAGCCUCAUCUUUUGGUGGCCUCUCUUCUCAAACUUCAAAGUUGCACAGAUACUUGGCCCGAACUGCGUACGGUGAUCUUGUUGACGAUACCUUGAAAGAUGGCCGUAAUUUGCCCAAAAAUGCAAGCACAGAGACGCUUAGCUCAGGGCUCCGUACAGCCUUCAAAGCCUACGGAGAGUCUGCCGCAAAUCACCAGACUUGCAUCCUCUUCGUUAUCCAAGACCAAGAAAGAAAUAUAUUCGACCAGCGACAUCUAGAAUAUGAUAUUGAAAUGAACUCUGACAGUGUACGGGUGUUCCGCCUUCCGUUCUCCAGAAUAUUAGCAGACACUACCUUGGAAUCUACCACACGCCGCGAGCUUCUCUACCGGCCACCCCACUCACCUUCUGAAGUAUAUGAAGUGGCUGUCGUCUAUUUCCGAUCAGCCUACGGCCCAUCGGACUAUCCAGAUCAGGCAGCAUGGGAAGCACGCCUCCACAUAGAGCGUUCAAAUGCCAUAAAGUGUCCCUCGAUACUGACACAGCUUGCUGGCGCGAAGAAAGUUCAACAAGUCCUUGCUACUCCAGUUGAAAACCCUGCGACUUCCAUCCUUUCGAAAUUCAUUCCCGAUUCUAUGACUCGUACCAGUCUUGAAGAAACGUUCACCAACAUCUAUCCUCUCGAUCAAACUCCAGCCGGCCUCUCGGCCCGCGAGCUGGCACUGGACGAGAAAAAGUGCAAAGGAUACGUGCUAAAACCACAGCGCGAGGGAGGCGGGAACAACAUCUAUCGCUCUGCCAUCCCAGGGUUCCUUCGGUCCCUGCCGGAGUCUCACUGGAAGUCAUACAUUCUAAUGGAGAUUAUCACGCCGCCACCAGCGCAGAACCUGAUUUUACGUAACGGUGAGGUGGAGAAGGGAGGUGUCAUAUGCGAGCUAGGCGUGUAUGGCACCUGCCUUUGGAACCAGGAAACUGGUAACAUGCUGAGCAAUGAGGGAGGAGGAUACUUGCUCAGAACGAAGGGCGAUCAGAGCGAAGAGGGUGGAGUGGCUGCUGGAUUUGGUGCUAUGGACAGUGUUUGGCUUAACUGAGCAUGCCAGCCUGCUGCAAAUGAUCGAUAGAAUAGAACUACA